AUGUCUGAUGUGGAUGAAUUGACCAAGCUGUUUACCAGCGUUGGCUUUGAAGAACCUAAGGUUAAGGAAAUCGUUAGAAACAAGAAACUUUCAGAAUCGUUAUACGACUUAAUCAAAGAGGCACCUGCUGAAACUCAAUGGGAAAAAAGUACAAGAGGUCAAGUUCAGAACUUAGCCACUUUCACAAAAGGUGAACCAUUGCCCAAAUCCAAGCUGAUCGUGGAUGGGAUCGCCAAUAAGGAAUUAAAGACGAAUUUGCAAGUGGAGGAAGCCUAUAAGUAUGUGAAGGAGAAUGGUGAGAAGGCUACAAAGCAGGGAUUAAAUGAACAUGCUGGUGUUGGCGCAGAGGUUUCUGAUGAGCAAGUGAGAGCCAGCGUUGCAAAAUACAUUGAGGACAACAAGGAAAAGAUUGUCACUGAACGUUACAAAUUGGUUCCAGGUAUUAUGGCAGAUGUAAAAAAAUUACCUGAAUUGAAAUGGGCUGACCCUCGCUCAUUUAAACCUAUCAUUGAUGAGGAAGUCUUGAAGGUAUUGGGACCUAAGGACGAAAGAGACACUGUAAAGAAGAAGAAAGAGAAAAAGCCUAAGCAGGCCGCUGGUGGUAAUGGUAAUAACAAGAAAGAUGCUACCGCUGGUCCUAAGAGGACCAUGUUUAGUGAAGGGUUUUUGGGUGAUUUGCAUACAGUGGAGGAUAAUCCACAGAACAAUCCUGAACAUUUGGUGAACCAUUUGAAAGCUACUCAUGGGUUAGUACACACACGUUUCCCACCAGAGCCAAAUGGUUAUUUGCACAUUGGUCAUUCUAAGGCUAUUAUGGUCAAUUUUGGUUAUGCUAAAUUUCACGGUGGUCACUGUUAUUUGAGAUUCGAUGAUACAAAUCCAGAAGCAGAAGCACCAGAAUAUUUUGAAUCUAUCAUCAGAAUGGUCAAUUGGCUUGGUUUCCAUCCUUGGAAGAUCACUUACUCCAGUGAUUAUUUUGACCAAUUGUACGAAUUAGCUGAAAGAUUAAUCAGUAAGGGUAAGGGUUACGUCUGUAACUGUGCCGCUGAAGAGAUCAAGGCAAGUCGUGGUAUCAAGCCAGAUGGUACUCCAGGUGGUGAAAGACAUGCUUGUAAACACCGUAGUAGAUCAGUAGAGGAAAAUUUGACUGAGUUUAGAAAGAUGAAAGACGGUCACUACCAACCAGGUGAAGCAACGUUAAGAAUGAAACAAGACUUAUCUUCACCAAGUCCACAGAUGUGGGAUUUAAUCGCUUAUAGAGUCUUGAAUGCACCACAUCCAAGAACUGGUAACAAGUGGAGGAUCUACCCAACCUACGAUUUCACUCACUGUUUGGUGGAUUCUUUUGAAAAUAUUACCCAUUCUCUAUGUACCACAGAAUUUUACCUUUCCAGAGAAAGUUACGAGUGGUUAUGUGACCAGGUAGAUGUGUUUAGGCCUACUCAGAGAGAAUAUGGCCGUCUAAACAUUACUGGUACCGUCUUGUCCAAGAGAAAGAUCGCCAAAUUGGUAGACGAAAAAUACGUUAGAGGUUGGGAUGACCCCAGAUUGUUCACUUUGGAAGCCAUUAGAAGACGUGGUGUCCCACCAGGAGCUAUCUUGUCCUUCAUUAACACCUUGGGUGUCACUACGAGUGUCACUAACAUUCAAUUGGUCAGAUUCGAAAGUGCCAUCAGAAAAUACUUGGAAGAUACAACACCUAGGUUGAUGUUUAUCUUGGACCCAGUGGAGGUUGUCGUGGAUAAUGUACCAGAUUCCUUUGAAGAUGUGGUCAGUAUUCCAUUUAGACCAGGUACACCAGAAUUUGGUGAAAGGGAGGUACCUUUCACUAAGAGAGUUUUCAUUGACAGAUCUGAUUUCUCCGAAAAUGCUAGUGACAAGGAAUUCUUUAGAUUGACCCCUGAACAACCCGUGGGAUUGAUCAAAGUACCACAUGCAUUGAUUUACAAGAGUUUGGAGAAGGAUUCUGACGGUAAAAUUACCAAGAUCCACGUACAUUACGAUACUGAAGGUAAAAUUAAGAAGCCAAAGACUUAUAUCCAAUGGGUGCCGCUAUCAGAAAAAUUCAAUUCACCAGUUAGAAUUGCAGAAACAAGAGUCCAUAAUGCUCUUUUCAAAUCUGAAAACCCAUCUGCCCAUCCUGAAGGUUACUUAAAGGAUAUUAAUCCUGAUAGUGAAAUUGUUUAUAAAAACUCAAUCGUCGAACACAAUUUCCAUGACAUUUUAGCAAAAUCACCAUGGGAAGUGGAUUCCGUUAAAAACUCUGAAUUUUAUGUUAAAGAGGAUCCAAAGAGUAAAGAAGUCUGUAGAUUCCAAGCCAUGAGAACCGGUUACUUUACAUUGGAUAAGGACAGCGAGGAUAAUAGAAUCGUAUUGAAUAGAAUUGUCACUUUGAAAGAUGGUUCUAAAUAA